CUGUAAACUUCUUAUAUACUUGCCAUGCUGUUUGUACCAGAAAGUGAACUUGGAUUAAGGUUGAAACUGAUCUUAAUACCUGAAAUUCAAAGGCGAUUUGAUAAAUCUCAAGAUGAUGCACAAGAUAUCGCUGAUUACUUGAUGUAUUUGCUAGCCAGCAACAAGCCCCAUGAUGAGAUCGCCACGGAAAUACAAGACAUUGCCGAUAUACCUAUGGAUACAUCCUUCAUUAACGAUGUUCUAGUGGAGAUUCAGAAGCUACAACAAGGAGACCAACCACAGCCGCAACCUCAACCACAAUCACAACCACAACCACAACCACAACAGGUUGUUUCUGAAACAAGCGUCGAACCAACUCCAGAACAAACCCCACCGGAACCAAUGAUGGUGGAAGAACCAAGAAAGAAGAUAAACAUACCUACCGCUCCUCAAAACAUGAGAAGCCAAAUGUCAGAACAACAAAGACGCGAACUUAGAGGGCAACGGUUUGGAAUAAGUGCUAGAGGACGUGGAGGUGUUUCAAAGCCAGGAUCCGCUGGAAGAUCAGAGAGACAGAAUAACAAUUUCAAAAAGAACUUCAACGAUACCAAGAGAAUAGAACAGGCAUUAGAUAUGAUUGGCUCAUCCGGUGUUAAAAUUCUCAAUGACAAGUUCGUUCCCCAAGCUCCAAAGGGAAGAUGUCCCGAUUUUCCAUACUGUAAAAAUAAGGAAUGUGACAAGGCCCAUCCUACUAAGAACUGCUUUGCUUAUCCAAAUUGUCCUAAUCCACCAGGAACCUGUAACUACUUACAUCCAGAUCAAGAUCAAGACUUAAUUGCCAAGUUGGAGCAAUCUAGAAAGGAAUACGAACAAAAGAAGAUCAACAAUAUCUUGGUUCAACAAGGGUCUUGUAAAUUCGGUGCCAAGUGUUCCAAAGACACCUGUCCGUUUGCUCAUCCAACUCCAGCCAAUAACAAUGCAGUCAUUGAAACUUUGGAAUGGUGUACAGAAGGAAAGAACUGUAUAAAUACCGAAUGUAAGAAAUCACAUCCGCCACCACCAACAGCCACGGCUGAAUCCACUACAUCUGCUGCUGAAAUUGCAUUGGAGCAAUGUAAGUUUGGAACUCAAUGUACUAAUUAUAAAUGUCCAAGAAGACACGCCACUUCCAGUGUACCAUGUCGUAGUGGAUCUGAUUGCAGAAGAUUGGAUUGUACAUUUGCCCAUCCAAUCAAAGAAACUUGUCGUUUUGGCGCAAAAUGUCAAAACAAGAAUUGUAUGUAUCAACACCCAGAGGGAAGAACUAUAGCCCCAAACACAUGGUCCAAAGAAGACGCAGCUACCACUAACCGUUCAUUUGCGGUUCCUGAAGACCAAGUUAUGGAACAAGCUGUUCAACAAUAGGUUAUAUUUUGUUACAAAAAGAAAAUUAUAAUGUUUUUAUAUUAAUAUUAUGCUGUUUUAUAUUAUAGAAAUUUAAAAAAAAAAAGAAUCAAAAGAACUAAAACUUGACAAAUUUGUUGAUUAUUGGUUUAUAUGAAACCUGGAACCCUGGCGUUGCUUUGGGUUUGUUUUCUGAUGUUUAUCACUUCUAUUUUUUUUAGUGUGUAGUUUUAGUAAUGGGGAUAAAUUUAAGGGUAUACAUAAAUGUUGCAAUAUGCUGCAAAUUUAUC